CGGGGACACAGAAUUGCAACCAGUCCCAACAAUUAUCUCCAUUCCUCACCGUUUACAUCAAUCUGCUUGCUAGUUGCUAUCGGACCAAAAAAAUCGUCAAUUAUUCUCCUAGAAAAUCCUACCCUUUCCCCCCACCAGCGCACAUCCAUCCCCCUCCGAACUGCUGAUCUCACGCGAAUCUUUUUCUCAGCAUCUUCCUCCUCGCCACGAGGCAGGCAGGCAGCCCCUCUCCACGUGUGGCCCGUGUGCGUGAGUCCGUUGUUCUUCUUGAUGGUCCCGUAGGGCAGCGGCUUCUCUUCUCUCCCCGGUCCCGCGAAUCUUAGAGGUGAAUAGGAAUUGGAGGCUGCGGUUAAAAUUCGGCCUUGGAAUGGUUUCGGAGCCUCGGAGGGUCGUCAUCGGCUGCUUAGAUUGGUGUUCGGGGCGCGCGAAUCGGCUCAAGUUUUGAUCUUGGCGUGCUCUUGAGUCUGGAAGCCCGGGAUUCCUUGGAGUUUUGUUCUGAUUUUUUUAAGGCGGUAAGACUGUGCUGCUGCUGAUUGUCCGAGCUCAUGGAGACUACCAACUCAACUAAUGAGCAUACCGGUAGGGGGGCAAUGUGGGAGCUGGAAAGGAAUCUCGAUCAGCCCAUGGAUGCAGAAGCCGGGAGAUUGAGGAAUAUGUAUAGGGAAAAGACCUACCCAACAAUUUUACUGUUACAACUAGCUUUCCAAAGCCUUGGUGUGGUGUUUGGAGAUUUAGGCACGUCGCCUCUAUAUGUUUUCUACAACAUCUUUCCUCAUGAAAUAGAAGACACGGAACAAGUUAUUGGAGCACUCUCGCUUAUUAUUUACUCCCUUACUCUGAUUCCACUUGUUAAAUAUGUCUUCAUUGUCUUGAGGGCAAACGAUAAUGGCCAAGGUGGAACAUUUGCUCUUUAUUCACUGCUUUGUCGACAUGCUAAGAUAAAUACUAUUCCCAAUCAGCAUAGAACCGAUGAAGAAUUAACAACAUACAGCUGCCACACAUACGAUGAUAAAUCUCUUGCUGCAAAGAUCAAAAGAUGGUUAGAAGGACAUCAAUUCAGAAAAAAUAUAAUUCUUAUUCUUGUUCUUUUUGGCACUUGCAUGGCAGUUGGAGAUGGAAUCCUCACUCCUGCCAUAUCAGUUCUUUCUGCAACUGGAGGAAUACAAGUGGAAGAGCCUAAAAUGAGGAAUGAUGUGGUUGUAAUCGUCUCUGUGGUGAUAUUGAUUGGAUUAUUCAGCAUGCAACACUAUGGUACUGAUAAAGUCAGCUGGCUUUUUGCGCCAAUAGUAUUCGUUUGGUUCAUACUCAUUGGAAUCCUGGGGGCUGUAAACAUUUCCAAAUACGAUCAAUCAGUUCUGAAGGCGUACAAUCCUGUCUAUGUAUAUCGGUACUUUAAGCGAGGGAAGAGUAGCUGGGCUUCUUUAGGAGGAAUUAUGCUCAGCGUUACAGGUACAGAAGCACUAUUUGCUGACCUUUCAUUUUUCCCUGUACAAGCUAUUCAGAUUGCUUUCACUACGGUUGUGUUCCCAUGCCUUCUUUUGCAAUACACUGGUCAAGCUGCCUACAUAGCUCAGAACAAACAUCAAGUCUCCCAUGCCUUCUAUUAUUCCCUUCCAGAGAGUGUACUUUGGCCGGCAUUUGUUGUUGCAACAACUGCUGCAAUAGUUGCUAGUCAGGCGACUAUAUCUGCGACAUAUUCAAUUAUCAAGCAAGCACUUGCUCUAGGAUGCUUUCCCAGAGUGAAGAUUAUUCAUACCUCCAAGAAGUAUCUCGGCCAGAUAUACAGCCCUGAUAUCAAUUGGAUCCUUAUGGUUUUCUGCAUAGCUGUUACGGCUGGAUUUAAAAACCAAAGUCAGAUAGCAAAUGCAUAUGGUACUGCUGUGAUAAUGGUUAUGCUUGUGACAACAUUUCUUAUGAUCCCCAUAAUGCUGCUAGUGUGGCGCAGCCACUGGGCCUUGGUCAUCCUUUUCACUUCAUUGUCAUUGGCUGUUGAAAUUCCAUACUUCUCUGCUGUCAUGCGGAAGAUCGAUCAGGGUGGCUGGGUUCCGCUUGUGUUCGCUGCCGCCUUCCUCAUCAUCAUGUAUGUAUGGCACUAUGGUACACUCAAGCGCUAUGAAUUUGAGAUGCACAGCAAGGUGUCCAUGGCAUGGAUCCUAGGCCUUGGUCCAAGUCUUGGUCUGGUCAGAGUCCCUGGCGUAGGCCUGGUGUACACAGAGCUAGCGAGUGGUGUUCCUCACAUCUUCUCGCACUUCAUCACCAACCUCCCAGCGAUCCACUCCACUCUGGUCUUUGUAUGCGUCAAGUACCUUCCUGUCUACACUGUGCUACCAGAUGAAAGGUUCCUUGUGAAGCGAAUCGGUCCCAAGAACUUUCACAUGUUUCGUUGUGUGGCACGGUAUGGCUACAAGGACAUCCACAAGAAGGACGACGACUUCGAGCAUAUGCUCUUCAACAGCCUGCUGCUCUUUGUCCGGCUGGAGAGUAUGAUGGAAGAGUACACAGACUCUGAUGAGUACAGCACCCGUGAGCUGAACCAGGCAAGCAACGCCAAUCUGAGAAGCAACGGCAUCAGCACCAGUUCAAACAUGGAGCUCAGCUACACAUCCCAUGACUCUAUUAUACAGGUGCAAUCUCCAAAUCAUACGGGGAACAGCCAGGUAAUGUCAUCGGGACAGACGUUCCAGACCGUAGGCGACGAGAUCGAGUUCAUGAACGCGUGCAGGGACACUGGGGUGGUGCAUAUCCUCGGGAACACAAUCAUCAGGGCUCGUAGAGAUUCAGGGUUUGUCAAGAAGAUUGCCAUCAAUUACCUGUAUGCUUUCCUCAGGAAGAUCUGUAGGGAGAACAGUGCCAUCUUCAAUGUUCCCCAUGAGAGUCUACUGAAUGUUGGGCAAGUCUUCUAUGUGUAAGCGGAAAGUAAAUGCAAGUAGAUGAGAUUUUCAGCCUCAGAACUAUUCAUGAGAAGCCGGUGUUUGUUCAUAGCCUAGGAGGGUGUCUUCGUCGAAAGAAUUGUACAGCAUAUACGUACAGUAUUUGGUUGUUAAAACCCAGAGUAAUUUUACAGUAUAUGUGCCCAGGUUUAUUUCA